AUGGAACCCGUGACCAAGUGGAGCCCCAAACAGGUGGUGGACUGGACUAGAGGGUUAGAUGACUGCCUGCAGCCGUAUGUCCACAAGUUUGAGCGGGAGAAGAUAGAUGGGGAGCAGCUGCUGCGGAUUUCCCAUCAGGAUCUUGAAGAGCUGGGGGUCACACGAAUUGGACACCAGGAGCUGGUGUUGGAGGCUGUGGACCUUCUCUGUGCACUGAAUUAUGGCCUUGAAACUGAUAAUAUGAAGAACUUGGUUCUGAAACUGCGGGCAUCUUCCCACAAUUUACAGAAUUACAUAAGUAGCCGGCGGAAAAGUCCAGCUUAUGACGGGAGCACAUCAUAUAAGCCCCCCAACGAGUUCCUGACGUCUGUGGUGGAGCUCAUAGGAGCUGCCAAGGCCUUGCUAGCCUGGCUGGACCGGGCUCCGUUUACAGGGAUCACUGAUUUCUCAGUAACAAAGAACAAAAUCAUUCAGCUUUGCUUGGACCUGACCACGACCGUGCAGAAGGAUUGCCUUGUGGCAGAAAUGGAGGAUAGAGUUUUAACUGUAGUCAAGGUUUUAAAUGGCAUCUGUGACAAAACAAUCCGCUCUACCACCGAUCCUGUUAUGAGCCAGUGUGCAUGCCUGGAAGAAGUUCACUUACCAAACAUCAAACCUGGGGAAGGCCUGGGCAUGUACAUCAAGUCAACCUAUGAUGGAUUGCACGUGAUUACUGGAACUACAGAAAAUUCUCCUGCAGACAGAUCUCAGAAGAUUCACGCUGGUGAUGAAGUCAUUCAGGUUAACCGGCAAACUGUGGUGGGAUGGCAGCUAAAAAAUCUGGUGAAGAAAUUGAGAGAGAAUCCCACUGGAGUGGUGUUACUGCUCAAGAAGAGGCCCACGGGUUGUUUUAACUUCACGCCUGCCCCCUUGAAGAACCUGCGCUGGAAGCCACCUCUCGUGCAGACCUCGCCCCCACCCACGACGACCCAGUCCCCUGAAGGCACCAUGGACGCCUCUCUGAAGAAGGAGAAGCCAGCCAUCCUGGACCUUUACAUUCCUCCUCCGCCUGCUGUUCCCUACUCUCCUCGGGAAGAAAGGGGUAUGGAUGCCUACGGCGGAUUCAGCAAGUGUCAACAGCCGUUGCCUGGCCCCAAGGGUUCGGAGUCCCCGAAUUCCUUCCUGGACCAGGAGAGCCGGAGACGAAGGUUCACCAUUGCUGACUCUGACCAGUUGCCGGGGUACUCGGUGGAAACCAGCGCACCACCCACGAAAAUGAGAGAGAAAACACCAUCUUACGGCAAGCCCCGGCCUUUGUCCAUGCCUGCGGAUGGGAACUGGAUGGGGAUUGUGGACCCUUUUGCCAGACCUCGAGGUCAUGGGAAGAAAGGGGAAGAUGCCCUCUGCAGGUAUUUUAGCAACGAGCGGAUUCCCCCCAUCAUCGAGGAGAGCACCUACUCCCAGUAUCGCUUCUCCAGACCCACAGCCGAGAGGCACCUGGUGCGGGGUGCAGACUACAUCCGAGGGAGCAGGUGCUACAUCAACGCGGAUCUCCACAGCAGUGCCACCAUCCCAUUCCAGGAGGAAGGGACCAAGAAGAAAUCUGCCUCUUCGGGGAAGUCGGCAGAGCCGUCCCUGCUGGUCAGCUGGCUCACCCGCCUGAAGCUAUUGACUCCCUGAGGGCUGCCC